AUGAAAGUUAUUCGCUACAGAGUGUCCAACGAUUUAUCAAUAUCCUAUUAUAGUGAACAGUUUGAUUGUUUAGAUCCUUUUUUGUGAUUUGUUUUGACCUCUUGCGCUGGGAUUUUUUCCUCCCAAAAUUGCAAUAUUUUCUCUAUUAGUUUUAAAUAUAUUUAAAUAUUACCUAGGCAAAACUAAUAUUAAAUUUAUUACUUCUUGGUAAUAAUUUCUAUCCGGUGAUAUUGUACCGACGAGUUCAAAAAGAAAGCGACGAAUUAUUACGGUUUGAUCACUCGUUAUGGUUCGUGAACCAGUUGCCAGCGCAAGAGGCAAAUAUGUUGUAUUUUGUUUCAAAAUCUCGUGUAAGAUUUCACGUAGAUGAGUUUCACGUUAUGUGCAGCAGGUAGAGGAAAGUAGAGUCAAACCAUUGUUUUUCUAAAAUUAAAACUUCAAUACUCGAUCAAAUGGUAAUAAUAUUCUAAUGGAGCCAACGACAUUACGUGACAAGUUUCGGAGCAAACAUCAUCGUAGUGUUUAGACAGAAUUGAAAAUUUCGGCUUGAAGAGUUUCCAUUUUUUUCACAUUCACUAAUCCAAUUGUAUUCUAUUCCCCUUGUUAUUUACUUUUCUCGUCUUUCUGUCUCACACCGAGGUAUAAAUAUUUAAUGUUUAAUAUUCUAAAUUAAUGCAUUUGGGGCAACAAAUGUCGAAGAGGGCGACGAAUAUUUUUUGUUUGCGAUUUUUGUCCCAUUAAUUAAGAUAUAUCUAUAUUUGUGUGUUAAAAUAAUUCAAAUUUUUUUUAUAAAACACACUAAACUAGAAUAAAAUAGAAUAAUUAGAAUUAUAAUAUUAAUAAUAAAUAGAAUAAUUUUAUAUUUGUUAAAAAUAUAAUUGUUACUAUUUUUUAACUAAUAAAAAUAAAAAUUUCAUAACUGUAUUGCAGUUUAUACGUCUUUUUUUUUUUACUCACCCCUGUGGGGCAAAACAGGGGAGGUUUUUUUAUACCUCCGAAAAAUUUUAUUUUCCCACGAGCCAAACAAUUUUUCCCCAGAAAGUUUGGUCAUUUUCUUAUAUAUAUAAGGUCUAAUUAAUUCUGUAUGAACUUUUCUUUUUUGCCAUCCGAUUUUUUGUCACGGAGAUAAACACAUUUACCCUACUUUCCCCUAGAAUAUAAUAUAUUCGUGAAAGAAAUUCGAAUAAUUUCGUGGACUCGAUCAGCUCUUCGUUGACUGUAUUUAUCAUAGAGCGUUGCCGAUAUUUACAUUAUUAUUUAUCCAGAAUUUAGGCGAAGCAGUGAAGAGUCGAAUGGACACAGUGGAAUUCACUAUUUACAGACAAGGAAUCAAAAUUCUAUUUUAA